AUGAAAUCAAUAAUCGACAAAGAACCCCCUCCAGAUUUGUUCCCUUCCAAGCACGAAUUCCCCAGACUCCUCGCCGUGCUCGCCGUCGCUUCGCUAGUUGCUUGGACCUCCAAUCUCCUUUACACCUCCCUCAUUUAUCCAUCUACCAAACCCUACUGCGACACUCUCGAUUACUUUCCCGAUAGUUGUGAAACUUGUCCAAGUAAUGGAGAGUGCAAGGAUGGAAAGUUGGAGUGUGUUAGUGGUUACCAAAAGCAUGGAAACUUGUGUGUAGAAGAUGGAGAUAUCAAUGAAUCAGCUCGAAAAAUUGUGGAGACAGUGGAGCGUCACCUCUGUGGAGAAUAUGCUCAAUUUUUGUGCUAUGGAGCUGGAUCAAUUUGGGUUCAUGAUGAUGAUUUGUGGAAUUAUUUUGAGUCGGUGGGAAAUGUUAAAGAGGGUAAUGCACUUUAUAGUUAUACAAAACAAAGGGUGUUUGAUACAAUGGAUAAAUUAUUGGAGAUGAGGUUAAAUUCUCAGGGGAUGAAGGAAUUCAAGUGUCCGGAUUUGCUAGCAGAGCAUUACAAGCCAUAUGCCUGCCGCAUUCGCCAGUGGAUCUCUCAGCAUAUUCUUGUUGUUUUGCCAAUUUGUGCUAUGCUUGUAGGGUGCACAAUUUUGUUCUGGAAUGUCCGUCGAAAGCUACGUGUGUCGAGACGAGUUGAGGAGCUUUAUAGCAAGGUCUGUGAAAUACUUGAAGAGAAUGCAUUGACAUCAAAAAGUGUUAAUGGCGAGUGUGAACCCUGGGUUGUUGCUUCUCGAUUACGCGAUCACCUGCUUUUACCAAGAGAGAGGAAGGACCCUUUAUUGUGGAAAAAGGUAGAAGAAUUGGUUCAAGAAGAUUCUCGUGUAGACCGCUAUCCAAAGUUGGUGAAGGGUGAAUCAAAAGUGGUAUGGGAAUGGCAAGUUGAAGGUUCUCUGAGCGCAUCAAAGAUAUUGACUAAAAGAGAUGCAAGCAAAACUAGGGUCAAUGGAAACAUGGACCUGAAUUGUCAACCACGCCCUACAUUGAAAGCAGAGCUCAUGGAACCACAUUUUUGA